GGUCUUGAGAUAAUUAGACAAACAAUUGUGAAUUUUUUUGAGAGGGAGAGAAGAAGGGCGAUCGAUUAGGGUUUUUGAUCGGAAGUAUGAACUCGGCGGAGUCUCUGAUUAAGUCAAUCCAAGGUUUAUCAGCGAGUCCCGGCGACUUAUCUGCACUCCACGGUAUUUUGAAAAAAGCGGAGGACUCGCUCCGAAACAACUGGGAUGUUCAGCUCGCUACUCUUGAAGAGCUCGACCCUUCAAUUCAUUCUCUCGGCUACUUGUAUCUCCUCGAGGGUCUUACUCGUGGUUCUGUGUCGAAGGGGAAAACUUCUGGCGUGGUUCUGCUAAUGGCUCGGUUCAUCAACCGUUGCGAUGCUGGGCAGAUUCGCUUAGCGAGCGAAAAGUUUGUUACUCUUUGUAAGAGAUUUAAAGACAGAGUUUUGGAGCUUGAGGAUCCUUUACGAGGGGUGGCGCCACUGGUGUCAGCUGUUCGUAAGGUUCAGGUCUCUGCUAAAUGUCUGACUGCGUUGCACCCGGAUUGUCUUCAGCUAUGUCUUGAGGCGAAGUGCUAUAAAGCUGGUUUCUCUAUUCUUAGUGAUGAUAUCUUGGAGGUUGACCAGCCUAGAGAUUUUUAUCUCUAUUGCUAUUAUGGGGGAAUGAUAUGUAUUGGACUGAAGAGAUUCCAGAAGGCAUCGGAGCUUCUUUACAAUGUUGUUACUGCUCCAAUGUAUCAACUCAACGCCAUAGCUCUUGAAGCGUACAAAAAGUACAUAUUGGUUAAUCUCAUUCACUCUGGCCAGUUUAGUAACAGUCUCCCCAAGUGCGCUUCUACAGCAGCUCAGAGGCACCUAAAGAGCUGGUGUAUACCUUACUACGAAGUGGGUAAUCGUUACAAUGAUGGGAAGAUCAGUGAACUAGAGGCAGUGGUUGUGGCCCACAGCUCAGAUUUUGAAAAGGACAAUAACCUUGGAUUAGUUAAGCAAGCAGUGGCAUCCCUUUACAAGCGGAACAUUCUGAGACUGACUCAGAAGUACUUGACCUUGUCGCUUCAAGAUAUAGCCAACAUGGUCCAACUUGCUAAUGCUAAGGAGGCGGAAACGCAUGUGCUUCAGAUGAUCCAGGAUGGUCAAAUACAUGCCCUUAUCAACCAGAAAGAUGGAAUGGUGAGAUUCUUGGAGGAACCUGAGCAGUACAAAACCAGUGAGAUGAUAGAGGUCAUGGAUUCUGUCAUCCAAAGGACUAUUGGGCUGUCGAAGAAUCUCAUAGCCAUGGAUGAGAGCUUGUCAUGUGAUCCUUUGUACUUGGGAAAGGUUGGAAGGGAAAGGCAAAAGUUCGACUUCGGAGACGAUUUUGAUACUGUCCCUGAAAAGUUCUCCAUGUAAACAGCAAAAGACCUGGUGGAACAAAACUUAACACAAAGACAACUUUAGUUGUGGGAAUCUGGACAACUUUCUUUUGAUUUCUUUGUUCUAUUUUUUGUUGGUUUAUGAAGUUUCAUAUAUUGUUCUCACAAUAGCCAACUAGUAGAGAAGAGCGAAUCUUAAUCAUUACUUAAAAAAGUUUCUAUUA